AGCCCGCCGGGACACCCCCCCCCAAAAAAAAAGGGGGGGGAAGGGGAGGUCGAGGUUUCCAAUUGAGGGAAGGGGGGGUUCCUCUGAAACAGGGACCCCACCCCGCUUUCCUCGAGACCCCCGCCUCUUCUUUGCUCUCUGGAGCCCCCCUGGCAGUGGAAUGCAUUGUGGAUGUCGACUGCCGCAGGCGAAACGGGAUGGAGCCAUGGCAGACUGGAGAGCAGGGUUCGCCUUCCCAGAUUGGGCCUACAAGCCCGAGUCGAGUCCCGGUUCCCGUCAGAUCCAGCUCUGGCAUUUUAUCCUGGAACUGCUGCGCAAGGAAGAAUAUCAUGACGUCAUCGCCUGGCAAGGGGAUUACGGCGAGUUUGUCAUCAAGGACCCCGACGAAGUGGCCCGGCUAUGGGGGGUGAGGAAAUGCAAACCUCAGAUGAACUACGACAAGCUGAGCCGGGCCCUGAGGUAUUACUACAACAAGCGGAUCCUGCAUAAGACCAAAGGCAAACGUUUCACCUAUAAGUUCAACUUUAACAAAUUGGUGCUGGUCAACUACCCUUUCAUCGACAUGGGCAUGGCAGGUGGGGCCGUGCCCCAAAGCGCUCCACCUGUGCCUUCAGGUGGCUCCCACUUCCGCUUCCCGCCUUCCACCCCAUCUGACGUCUUGUCACCGGCCGAGGAUCUGCGUUCGCCUGGGGUCUUCUCCGCCGUGGCUCGCCGCCUCGCUCGGGGUUCAGUCAGUGACUGCAGCGACGGCACCUCGGCCAAUUCAGAAGUGGAGGAGACGUUGGCUGAAGAGCAGCGACGUGGCGGCGGUGGAGAGGCGGGUGGAUUCCGUGGGCCCCCCUUGCCUGGCCAUCCACGUUUGACCCACGACGCCCUCUUUAGGAUCUACCCUCGCCCGCGAGUUCCUGAGCCUCUCAGCCCCUUCCCUGUGUCCCCCAUGGCUGGGCCUGCUGCUCUUCUGCCCCCCCAGUUGUCCCCUGCCCUCCCCCUCACCCCCACUCACAUAAAUUACACUCCUUCCCCUACCCUCAGCCCCAUGUACCCCAGCGGUUCCCACUUCUCCUUCAACCCCGAGGACAUGAAGCGCUACCUCCAAGCGCACACCCAGAGUGUGUACAACUACCAUCUCAGCCCCAGGGCCUUCCUCCACUACCCCAACAUUAUCAUCCCGCAGCCUCAGCGCCUGGAGAAGCCCCCUCUUCCCCCUCCACCCCCGCAAGCUGAGGAGCCCCCCAGCCCUUUCAAAUUCAAGCUGCAGCCACCACCGUUGGGGCGCCGCAACCGUGACAAGCAGCCUCCGCCAGCUCCAGCUGUGCCCCCGGGAAACUCCAGCGGUGGCCUUCCCACCGCCGCCUCCUCUUCGGCAGUUACUCCGGAGACCCUCGUCCCCCAGAUCAAAGUGGAACCCAUCUCGGAGGGAGAGUCCGAAGAAGAUCUCACCGUAGAGGUCACGGAUAUCAGCGAGGAUGACGAGGAGGUCUUUAAGGCUCCUUCAGCUCCCCUGGAGAAGAUCGAAAACGGGGAGACUUCAGCCUUGGCGCCCCCUGUUUCUCGGGCUGGGGAGAGCGGCAAAUGCAUUCCCCUGAAAUUACGCUUCAAACGCCGCUGGAGUGAGGAUCAGCGGCUGGAAGCCGGCGCAACGGGCGACGAAACAGACGACAAGAAAGUGAAGGGCGAGGAGGACACCGGUGGUCACGGGGAUGCGGUUGGAGGCCGGCGGAUCAGCACGGAGCUGCAGCAGGCCACAGCUGAGCUGACCCUGGAGAAUCGGGACUGCUAGACAGGACAUGCAGCUCUCCCUCCCUCUGGACAGAUGGACCGAGGACAGGGUGGGUGGGCUGAUUUUGCUGCCUUAACUCAGAGAUUUAUCUUUCUAUUUUCCUUUCUCUUUCUUUCUUUCCUUCCUUCUUUCCUUCCUUGGCCUGGAAACUCUGUACAUGCUCUUUCUCCUUCUUUGGAAGCCAGAAAAAAAAUGUAGGGGCGGGGAAGUUUUUACUCGUCUAUAUGCAUAUAUAAAUCUAAAUCUAAAUAUAUAUAUUAUAUAUAUGUAAAACCUCUUUGCAGGAGUGCGGGGCGGGAUUUCUAAAAAUUAAUAUGCCAGGUUCAUUUUUAAGGGUUCUCUUUUCUCUCUGUCUCUCUCCCCCCCCCCCCCCCGCCACCCCCCCAGGCCUCAUACACUAUAAGCCUCAGGACCUUUUUAAUUAAGAUUUCCACCACCACCCCAAAUACGGUGUAGUUUGAAAAAAGCAUGGAAAGGGGGGCUUUGUACGGGAGAAUAAGGGUAGUCUUAUGAAAGCCCACCACUCUGCUCUUGUCCUCGUCCUCACACACACACACACUUGCAAUUAGCAAUCUUAAGCACAAUACACUUUUUAAUCCCCCAGUGGAUCAAAAAGAGAGUUAGCCAUAUGUUCUCUGUCCCUCUUAACCCCCUUCCCAUGCACCGUUGGCAUUUAGCCAUGCUGGCCACACGACCACAGAAAUAGUCUUCGGACAACGCCGGUUCCCUCAGCCAAGAAACGUAGGUGAACCCGGUGCCCUAGAGUUGGAUACGAUCGAGAGGGAGACUUUUUACCUUUUUUUUAUAUAUACAUAUAUAUAUUAAUGAUAUUAAAGAUUUUAUAGGCUGCCCAAGAAUUCCUCUUCACUCAAGGCAGCCUAGGCGAGCCAAAAGGAUGGGACAUGCCUGCCGUGAAUGGUUAGCAUGGGAUCAUUAAGGCAUCCUUGUUAAAAAAAUCUUGUCUGUUGUGUUCCUGCGUCUUCUUUAGGAAAAAAAAAGGGGGGGAUCUCGCGUAUUUUCGGGGCUUGCUUAUCCCCUGGAUGGUUGAGAGGGGUGUUUUUGCAACAUGUCAUCCUCGCCAGCAGUGGCAAAAGCUAAAUUUCCUAUUUUAACUUUGUCAACCCUACCAAAGACUUCCUCCCUUUAUGGCGACGCUCUAGGAAACCAUUCAAAAGCAAACAAAACAGGGAUAGGCUUGGGCCUAGCUCAGGCUUAUCCAGCCUGCAGGCCGCAUACGGUCCUGGAUAGCUAGUAAACGUGGCUCCACGAGAUUGUAAACUUUUUAAUAUUAUGUGAUUUAUAUACUGUACAUUAAGGUAGUCCUCAGUUUACCAACGCAACUGAGCCCCAAAUUUUGGUUGCUAAGUAAGACGGUUUUUUAAAUGAGCCUUGCUUCCUGACCCAAAAUUUGCUUAACAAUUUGCAGUGAUAGUUGUUAAAACAGCGGCAGUUUCGCCCUGGUUUACAACUUUGUAUGACACAGUUAAGUGACUCAUGAAGUUGUUAAGUGAAAUGUGCGGUCAUUAAAGAGAAUCCAACUCCGCCUCCAGCUCUUUGCUUGUUGGAAGCUCACAAAUAGUGGAUGGCGUGACCCCCGGGGCAGCGCAACCGUCAUAAAUACAAUGCAUGGCAAUUGACAUGGCUCCGAAUUUUGAUCAGACGUGACCAUGGGGACGCUGCAAUGGUCAUUAAGUGUGAAAACCGGUCAUAAAGGUCACUUUUUCCAGUGCCGUUGUAACUUUGAACGGUCAUUAAGCAAAUGGCGAUAAGGCAAGGAUUACCUGUAUGUAUCUUAUAUGCCCCUCAGGAGAAUUCCAGAACCAGUUUGGCCUAGUGGUUAAGGCAACAGGCUAGGAAGCAGGAGGUUGCGAGUUCAAGUCCCAUCUUAGCCACGAAAGCCAGCUGGGUGGCCUUGGGUUGGUCCCUGUCUCUCAGCCCAACCCGCCUCACAGGGUGGUUGUGAGAAAAUAGGAGGAAGAAGGUGUGUUCUCUCACCGCCUUAUUUGUAAAAAGAAUAAAGGCAGGAUACAAAUAAAUAAAUUAAAAAACAAAUCUGCUUCACUCAGUGCAAGCCAAAAGGUGGGACCCCUGCAGCCAUUUAACCUCAUUAGAUUUGGGAAUUAAAGAGGGGGGGUGGAUGGGUGGGAUUUGAAGAGUUUUUUAAAGUGCCUGUUGAAAUGCUGUUUCCAAGGGAACCUAAGCAGGGAGCGGACAUUCCUUUUUUUCUCUCCGUCUGCACAACUGUUGUCCCUGAAAAGAUGGCUCUUCCUUUCCUGGUGUGCCCCGUUCCCUCCCAGCAACUUCAGAAAUUAAAGACCCUGUUUUCUCCCAUCUUGUUAAAACAAUUCCA